ACGAGAGACAGAGCAGAAGAGAGCUGUCAAGCUGGAAGGAGGCAGCGGGGAGACGACUUUUGUUUUCUUUUUUACCCCUUGGAAUACAUUCUCUUUACAUCUCUUGACACCCACCGACACACUCACAAUUCAAAGACGCAAACCCCACUGAUGUGCUGCUCUGCUGCUUUCAAAGAGCACUAAAUUAUUUCCAGGAUCUGCACUUGGACUGUUUUAAUUUAGCAUCUUCGACUCCAUUGGGAUUUAUUUGUAUAUAUAUUUAUUUCUAGACUACAUGUGCGUGCUGCAACGUGUGCACCUGAACACACCAUCAAGACAGUUGGGGUACUUGUAAGUUGCUGGAAUUUGUCCGAUCUGGACUGAAGACUGAAGACUCCGUGGGUGUUGGUGUGGUAAAACAGAGCAGAAGUAGGAGGAGGAUGAUGAUGUGUGGGCCAGUGACACUUGCGCUUCUAAUCCACCUCGGAGCCACCUUAGCAGGGGCCUGGAAAGCAUCUCAGCCAAGACUGCAGUUCACACACACGGAACUGAUCCAGAACGGUCGCUUGCUAACCCUGCCCCUGGUGGCGGGAGACCUGCACUCCCUUUUGCCCGAUGACGACGGCAUGCGGCUGUAUGUAGCCAUGAAAGACAACCUGCUGUCUACCAGCAUGGAUGACAUCACGCACAACCCCCGCAAGUUGCAUUGGCCUUCCAGUCGGGACCGCGUCCAAGAAUGCCUCAUGGCUGGAAAGGACCCAGAGACUGAGUGUGCUAACUUCCUGCGAGUCCUGCAACCUUUUAACCAGACUCACCUGUACGUUUGCGGUACCGGGGCCUUCAACCCUAGGUGUGCUUUCAUUGCCACCAGCAUCUUCCAACAGUUAGGACACCAGACCCUGUCCUACAGCCAGACAGAGUGUGGAAAGGGCAAAUGUCCCUAUGAUCCUUUUCAGAAAACAGCAUCUGCAGUUGUGGAUGGGGAGCUAUAUGCCGGCAUUACCUCAGACUUCAUGAGCAGGGACUCUGCUUUCUUCCGUAGCCUUGGCAACCGCCAUGUUAUCCGCACAGAGCAGUACGACUCCACCUGGAUGCAGGAUGCCCAGUUUGUGCGGGUCGCGCCGCUGUCUGAAACAGAUAACCCAGAAGACGAUAAGGUCUAUGUGUUCUUCACCGAGCAUGCCCAGGAGGCAGAGGGGGCUGCUGGGAAGGUGCUCUACUCCAGAGUGGCCCGAGUGUGCAAGAAUGACAUCGGAGGCCAGAGGAGUCUGGUGAACAAGUGGAGCACCUUCCAAAAGGCUCGUCUCUUGUGCUCCGUCCCUGGACCGGAUGGCCUUCAGACACACUUUGACCAACUGCAGGAUGUCUUCAUCCUGCAUGGAAAAGACAAGAAGAACCCUCUCAUCUACGGCCUGUUCACCACUUCCAGCGAUAUCCUCAAUGGCUCGGCCGUGUGUGUUUACCGAAUGGAGGAUGUUGUUCGGGCUUUUAAGGGCAACUUUUUGCACAAGGAGGGGCCUCAGUACAAAUGGGCAGAGUUUACUGGCAAGAUGCCGUACCCACGUCCCGGAACUUGUCCCAGCAGCACAUAUGGAAGCUACAGCUCCACCAGGGAGUAUCCUGAUGAUGUCAUCUUCUUCAGCAGAACUCACCCGCUGCUGGAGGAAAAUGUGCUUCCCCUGGGAGAGCGUCCGCUCCUCGUCAGAGUGGGCGUCCACUACAAGUUCAGCAAACUGCUGGUGGACAGAGUGGAAGCCGUGGACAGCACCUACGACGUCUUGUUCAUCGGCACAGAUUCUGGCUUGGUACUGAAAGCCAUUCAUCUGCCUAAAGAACAUGCUCAAAGUCAGGAGGUGAUGCUGGAGCAGCUGGAGGUCUUUCAGCACAAAUCGCCCGUGACAGCCAUGACACUCUCAAAGAAAAAGUGGCUGUUUGUGGGCUCCAGGGAAGGGGUGUCCCAGCUGGCCCUGUACCAAUGUGAGCUCUACGGUCAAGCCUGUGCCGAGUGCUGCCUGGCCAGAGACCCCUACUGUACUUGGGACGGACACGCCUGCAGCCCCUACAUGCCCACUGUACGCAGGAGGAAUGCUCGACAUCUCGGCGAGGAUGACGAUCCGUUAACUCAGUGUGUCAGACAAGGAGCCGGGCUGCAGGUGGAAGCGGAGCAUAGGGUGAUGACGGUUGCUGAGGGCAACAGCACCUACCUGGAGUGUCUCCCCCGAUCUAGACAUGCCGCUGUCACAUGGUACAAGCAGGCUGGAGAGAACAGUCCUGAGCUAAACCAGGUGCUCACAGGUGAGCAAGUGGUGGUGAUUGAGCGAGGCGUCCUCAUCCGUCGAGCCGAGCUGUCUCACGGUGGCGUCUACCACUGCCAGGUGGAGGAGCACGGCUACCACUGGACCGCCGUCACCAUCCACUUAGCAGUCUGGAGCCCCUACCCCAGCCGGCUCAUAUCUUCCUGGUCAGGCGCUUCACAUCACGGCGACACCAUGGUGCUGGUUCACUCGCGGAACCUGGGCCAGCACUGCCGCGCACUCGGGUACCGCCCACCUCGAAACCACCGCCGCCACAGCGACAUGGCGGUGCAGACCGACAAGGAGAGGGAGAGGCACAAGAGUGGCGGGGGUAGAGGAGGUGGAGGAGGAGGAGGGGGAGGAAGGGCAGCGGGCAGGAAGAGCAGAAGUAAGCCUCAACAGAGGGCGCCAAGGAGCGCUUGAAUGUGUAAUCGCACACACACACACAUACAGUAUGUCCACGCGCACACAAACACACACACACACACACACUGUAAAUAGAAAGCCAUUCGCAUGCACUUAUUGUCUUUUUAUUACAUUUCAAGAUGUCAAGAACAUUUGUACAGCAGAGUGGUGACAAAUAUUACGGUGGUCAAGCUGAAUGAAGGACAAAAAGAUAUUCCACCAUGCCUUCCGGGAUCAAUUAUCGCAUGUUCUCAACUCAAGUUCAUCAUAGACAAUCAGACUGGACGGCACAACUGUUGAGCUUGAUCACAUAUAGAGCGUAUGAUGCAACAUUAAAAUGUAAGCACCAUGACGGUGAACAUUGCUGCUUAUAUUGUUUCUCGUCUUGCGGUCACAAGCCAAUGUAAAGAUUUGAAGGUCUCCUAUUAUGUGAAUUUUUAAUGAUGUUAGAUGCUUGAUGAUGUUUUAAUUCAGUGAAUAGUCCAACCCAGCACAAUGUUGCUGUUGAAAUGGGAGUGGAAAGCCAGCACUGAGGGCAGAUUUACAGCAUACGAUAAAGCGCACAGUAGAACAGAUUGAUGGCAAACAGCUCGUUAGCGGUGAAGCUACAGACACACACAACACCGAGUUCUCAGGAGGGUUCACUAAAAUCACUUUUUAACAAAAUUCCAGCAUCAUGGAUUGUUUUUUGCUAGUCAAUUUUCAUUAUGCUAUUGUCGGAGUUGAAAAAAAUAGUAUAAUACGGGACCUUUAACGUGAAAUGCUUGACUGUGUUGUUGAUGCUUAAUUUAUUUUAUUUUUUCACCCUAACAAUGGCUUCCAGGGAAAAAAAAACAAGCGUUAAAAGUUGUUUAAAAGGGAGUUAAAUGUUAGAACACAAGCAGAAAGCACUUCCGUCUCAUUGUUUGUACUGGGGAGUAUUAUUUUUCUGAAUUUUUGCCCAUCAUUCUUAUGUGAAACAUCAAUACAUUUAUUUCCCUUUUCAGUGCAUUAUAACACUAAUUAAUUUCAGUAAACGUGUCAAUGCAUGAUCACAGCAUGUAUCAAACCAUGCAACGUUGUUAGAGAGGUUAGGUACCUGUUUAUCCCCAUGACAGCAUUGUAAGCUAGCUGAAAUUAACUUCUUUUCACAUGUUAAAAUGCACAGAAAAGGGAAAGAAAAAAAGACAACAAUGGGCAAAAUUCCCCAAAAAAAGUGCAUUGAAAAUGGUACUUUCCAAAAUGUGGACUUUGUACAGAACAUGCAUGUUUCUCAAACAAACUUGCUAGUCAUCCACCAUCCAGUGUACAUAUUGUAAAAAUAAAGCAGUCUUGUUGUGAUGGAA